AUGAACUUCAUCUUCAAGACGAAGCAGCGCACCCCGCCGGAGCUCGUCAGGCACCUCCGCGACGCCCUCAUCCGCCUCGACCACGUCACCGGCGGCUCCUCGUCCUCGGCCUCGGGCGGCGGCGGCGCAGGCGGCUCCUCGUCGUCCGCCGCCGGCUCCUCGUCCUCGGCUUCCGGGUCCGGCCACAGCUUCGGCACCGGCUCCUCCCACUCGACCUCGUCCGGCUCCUCGGGCACCUCGGCCAGCAUAUCCGGCGGCGGCCUCGUCGGCUCCGGCUCGUCGGAAUCGCGCAGAAAGGCGUCCGAGGAGGUCAGCAAGAACCUCUACCAGAUCAAGGUCAUCCUCUACGGCGACGGCGAAAACGACCCGCAGCCCGACCAGGUGGCCCAGCUGGCGCAGGAGGUGUACAACAACGACCUCCUCCAGCUCCUCGUCCGCGACAUUUCCAAGCUCGAAUUUGAGGCGAAAAAGGACGUGUCGCAGAUCUUCAACAACCUGCUGCGGCGCCAGAUUGGCACGCGGUGGCCCACGGUCGAGUACCUCUCGACCAAGCCCGAGGUCCUCUUCACGGCGCUGCGCGGCUACGAGAACCCCGAGGUGGCGCUCAACACGGGCAUGAUCCUCCGCGAGAUGCUGCGGCACGAGCCGCUGGCCAAGCUCCUCCUCCACUCGGAGCGCUUCUACACGUUCCCCGACUACAUUGAAAAGACGACGUUUGGCAUCUCGUGCGACGCGUUCGCCAACUUCAAGGAGACGCUGACGCGGCACAAGGCCAUGGUGGCCGACUACCUCGAGCACAACUACGACCGCUUCUUUGCCAUGUACACGGAGCUGCUCAUGUCGCCCAACUACGUCACCAAGCGGCAGUCGCUCAAGCUGCUGGGCGAGAUCCUGCUGGACCGCACCAACUUCAACGUCAUGACGCGCUACAUCAGCUCCGAGGACAACCUCAAGAUGAUGAUGAACCUGCUGCGCGACCGCAGCAAAAACAUCCAGUUUGAGGCGUUCCACGUGUUCAAGGUGUUUGUCGCCAACCCCAAGAAGCCGCCCGUGAUUGAAAACAUCCUGCGCCGCAACCGCGAGCGGCUCGUGGCUUUCCUGGGCAAUUUCCACAACGACAAGGACGACGAGCAGUUUGUCGACGAGAAGCAGUACGUGCUCCAGAUCAUCGAGAGCACGGGCAAGACCAAGCCGGCCGCCGCCGCCGCCUGA